AUGCAGGACAUAGCCCAGGAGACCGCCAGCAAGACCCCCACUAGCGACCCGCCAGAACAGAAAGCUGACCCGCCAGCCAUCGAAAUCAACCAUGGCGAACAACUCUCACCAUCGAACUCGAUCCAAGUCUCACUCAUUAAGCCUUCGAUGAUGGAAGCGGCCAUCGGACCAGCCGACUCUCCACAGUCCGAUCAGCUCAUUCGGGUCCAUAUCAGCAAGACUAGAGUUCAGGAUCUCAAGACUCACAUCUCUUCCACUUGGAGAGGCAAACCAAAGGCCGAUGGGAUCAGACUGAUUGCUCGUGGGAGGAUCUUGAACGAUCCGGAAUCAGUCGGCGAGGCACUGGCCAAAUCGCCGGAGGAUCCAUUGUCCACCCAUCCAGUUCAUGUCGUCAUCCGUCCGAAUUCCUGGACUGAGAAACUACCACCCAUCAGACCCGUUUCGGCCCCUCCAGCACCGACUACCAAUCUCCCAGUCCCAACGAGUCCACUACCAUCCAGCUUCAGAUCCGUCUCUCAGUCCUUUGCUAAUCUUUCCACCCCCACCAACGCCCCGGGAGAGAAUGAGCCUCCCCUUUUCCCACUCUCUCGCACAAGCUUUUCCCCGAUCCCCAACCGAUCUACAUCGGCCACCAACUCACCUGGGGUGUUAUUCAACACUUACUUCUCCGGUCUAACUGCCUACGGUCGGUAUAGCUUUAUCCAGAACAUCUUUCAGGCUCAGUUCAAGAUUGUCGAACGCCUAGACUUUCUUCGUCGUCAACUCCAUAAUCAACAUCUCAAGCUACUCGGGAUCAGUCAUCCAUUGAAAAAUUCAAACGUCGUCUCCGAUCCUAACCAGUCAGACAGAAAUGAGAACGAGUGGAGAAUGAUUGAAGGGAAACUGAUCAAGCUCUUGACCGAACUAAAGUUCCCGCCCCCGUAUUCAGGCCAUGCUGAUUCGGCCAAUUCUGAACAACUACCGACACAAGUCGAUCCAUUGUUACCCGAUGAGUGCAACGAGUUCAAGCGAGUUGAGAUCGCGGGCCUGCCUUAUCUGCUCUACAUCCCAGAGAGUUUCAGCCAGCAAUCCCAAAAGGAGGGAUCAACCGAGAUAAGCUCGUCUCUAAAGGAGUACAAAUUACUCCAGAGAGACCUUAACCGCACCUUGCGUCUGGAGGCUCAGGUCCAGUUCUUAAUCUUACAGGCCCAGAAGACCCAAGCCAGCUUGAACCAGUUGGACGACAUUCUCGCUGCCGGUCUCCGACCUCACGACACUCCAGGUCAUGAUCGGGAAGCCCAGCAAGUGCAGCGAAUGUUUGACGGCCUCUUCCCGCACAACGCUUUCCCAUUCCCCCGUCCUCCAGUCGCCAACGGUGGCGGGCCUGCCUUGGGACUCGGCUUGGGAUUAGGGCCUGCUGCUGACGGACUCCAUCCGCCCAACAAUUUUAUGAACCCCCCUGCGCCCUUGUGGCAACACCCGAUGGCCCGAGUUCGCCGGUACGAGUUUACGAUCAAUCUGGAUGCCAUCCGACGCUACAUGGCCCCGCUCCUCUGGCUCUCCCUGAAGCUCUCUGUGCUCCUCUACAUCUUCGGCCGGCAUGCCAGCUACGGCAAGCUCGUCAUUCUGGUCAUGAUAGCACUGGGCUGGGUGAUCUGGGAGGCGUACACUAUCCAUCAGCGGCACGAGGCCCAAGCCAGGAGACAAAACCGCUUGCAAAGAGGCCAGCAAGCUCCGGGUGCACCAGCCGGUGCAGCUGCCCCAGCCGCCGACCCGGUUCAAGCAGUCUUGGACCGAGGCAGACGACGUGCACAACAACGUGAAAGACUCCAGCAGGUCCUAAGAGAUCAGCGUCAACGGGUCGACGGUAUCCUCGGCAUUGAAAACCCCGAAGGAGGAGCUGCGGCGCCGAACAACCCUCAGCCUGCCCCGGUAGCUGCUCCUGGCCAACCAGCCCAACCCGCUGGUCCUCCUCCGGCGGCUGAAGCCCCUGCGGCCAACCCCCCACCUGCUCCUGCUCCUCGUAGAAAUGCAGGGCGUGGUGGAUUACGAGCUGCUGCUGCUGAUAUCCGGGCCCGAGGGGGUGCAUUCCCUCCAGGUACAGAAGUCCGACCGUUCCGAAGCACGUCUGCACUCUCGCCAAAGUAUUGGUUCAACUCGAUUGCGGUUGUUGGACUAGCGUCAGAAUACCGGGAACUGGGUCUGCAUUCGAUCGGCGAACGAGCGAUGGGGGCGUCGAAUCUGGAGUACCCUCGAUGGUACCGCUACCUGCGGAAUCUGAAGACUGGGCUCGUCCUGUUCGUCGGCACCCUCUUGCCGGAGAUCGAGAAGAAGCGACGGAAGGCGCUCGAGAAGCGGGCUAGGAUCUUGAAUUUGGUCAUUGCUGAUGCGGCCCGAGACACCGACAACCAGAACAGAAACCCACAACCACAACCACAACCACCACAGCCGAGGGUUGCGACGCCGGCAGCGGAGACCAACAAUGGCAGCGCUACCGCCCCUCCCGCACUGCCGGCAACGAGCGCCGCUCAGGCUACGGGCUCCGAGACUCCGGGUAGUAACACGGCGGCCGGUGGAGAAGGGCAAGAGAACCAACAGACUCCUCGGGCGCUUGCAGCGACGGCCCUCGAACGGGUGGGCUCGGCGAGCUCCGAGCAGACCUUAUCUCAGCGCCGGCCACACUUAAGUGUCUCCCAGUCCAGCGAGUCCGGUGUGGGCUCGAGUUCCUUACAGCGAGCCGCAUCCACUGAGGCAGACGAGCAACCUUCCGGCUCACACGCCCCUGCCAGAACGGCCCUCGAUGAGCCGGGCCCUGCAGACGCCCCUGCCGCCUCUUCAUCUGCCUCGGUCCCCGGUCCAUCCGCCCCAAACACUGAUCUGCCACAAGAAGCCCAGGUCAACCACCCGAUCGAUACCGGCUCCAUCCCCUCCCCUCUCACUCCCUUGGACGCCCCUCAGGUUGUCGGCGGCUUGGACGACACGGACGACGAGGAAAUCAUCGGCGCUGAAAACGAAGAGGCUGGCAUGCUGCUCUUCUAG